AUGGACGGUUGGGUCUCUAGAAUCCAGGGACCCAGGAAUACAGGAAUCCAGGAAUCCAGGAAUUCAGGAAUUCAGGAAUCCAGGAAUCCAGGAAUUCAGGAAUUCAGGAAUCCAGCAGCCCAAGAAUCCCAAAUUCCAGGAAUCCAGGGGCCCAGGAAUCCAGCAGCCCAGGAAUCCAGGAAUCCAGAAACCCAAGGACCAAGGAACCCAGGAACCCAGGGACCGAAGAAAUCGAGAAUCCGAGAAUCCCGAAAUCCAGAAACCUAG